UACGGCCUAUCAUCGAUUGGUGACAGGACACUACAGUUACAUGCAUUCUCAUCGAGGACCACCGCUAACAUCAGAUUCUUCCCAUGUUCGGCGUUCGCGCACUUUGUACGGCUGCGCGAGCUGGUACAUGUAGGUCUGAUUCGCAAUUUACGACACUAUGGUUAGCUAGUGUCGUUCUCGCCAGCCCAAUUGUCGGGCAGACCUUACCCAUUUGCCAGGUGGUUAACAUCAACAUCUGUUCCUCCUGGAUUGGGCAGGUUCAAAACCCGCCAACAACGGUUUUUAUCCAUGAUUGCACCUUGCAAGCUGGCGUGAGCUCACGGAGAGGUUUUCGAACGUCAAGACUCAUGGCCAAGUGGUCAACAGAUUUGAAAUCUGUUCCUGCUUGAUCGUGCAGGUUCGAAACCCGCCGACAAAGAUUUUUCUCCAUGAUCGCACCUCCAAGUGGGCAUGAGCUCAUGGAGAGGUCUUCGAAUGUCAACCACGAGAAUUACUCAUGACCAAGUUGUUAGCAGAUUCGAAAUUUGUUCCUCUUGGAUGGUGUAGGUUCGAAAC